AUGUUCUCCUUUCCAGCCCAGCUCGAGUCUGACCAGCAGACGAGGAACUGGUACCAGGACCUCCUUGACCACCCAGAAUGCCAGGACGACCCUAUAAAAGUGCAACAGGCAUACGAGUCUUACAGACAAGCGAGCCUGGCAAGGUCACUUGCAUCCAUGAUACUGGCGGAUGGCAAGGCAAAGAUCACACCCAGCCCUGCCCUUGUUCAGUACCUGUCGCAUGCUGCAGUUACUAGCGGGCCUAAGGAGAUUGAGAAGCGCUAUAAAGAUGACAGUGUCAACUGUAUGGUGAUUUGGGCUCGUCCAAGCCGAAAGGUCCUCGAACUCUUGCUUGGGUUACAGGACAGGCUUAAAGAUGUAGUUGGAACUGAUAUGUGGUUUCCAGAGUCUUCUCGGCUACAUUUAUCAGUCGUUGAGAUCUCGCAUCGCCAUCCAAUGGCGCACCUGCGGUCCGUGUUCGACCAAAUUGGAAGAACGUUAGUCCAGGAAAUGCUGGACCUCCCAGCCUCCCAUGCUACGUCUCAUUCAAGGGUUGCUCGUCUAGGAAGACCGAUGCUUCUGUUUGACGCUGUUGGAGUAGCCAUCUCCUUCGUUCCAGCCGGGACAGACACCUACACCUAUCACCAUUUAAGGAGAGACCUCCAUAACAUGGCCAUUAGCAGUGGAGUCAAGACGGACACAUGCUACACUGCCUGCAUGGGACAUAUCACGCUCGGCCGCUUUGUAUCCUCGAAGUACUUCGAUUCAGACAAUGCGGAAAUGGCUCAGGAGCGGCUCAGAGUCUGGAUGGCUACGAUUAAAGAUAUAAACGAAGAACUAAGGCAAAGCUAUGAAGACUGGGAAUGGAUAGUUGGUGAGGAGAAGGGACUGGAACUCCAGAUGGGUAUGCUCAAAUUCGGGCGGGAUACAGAAGCAGCUGAGAUAGCUGGACGGAGUUUUGGAGCUGAAGCCACAGCAUCCACGACGGCUAAUUAA